CCAUGAGGUCUCGCUUAAUUGCAGAAUCGGCUCAACUUGUGUGGAUGUCACUGACGCUGGGAAGGUCCUGUCCAACCCACAUGACGCCAGCAGCCUUUAUCAUCAAGCCUGCCUCACAUUUCACUCUCUUCAUCCUCACAGGACCUUUCCACCAUGCUAACCCGUCUGUUCCGUAUGCAUGGCCUUCUGGUGGCCUCCCAUCCUUGGGAGGUCAUUGUCGGCACAGUCACCCUCACAGUCUGCAUGAUGUCCAUGAACAUGUUCACUGGAAAUGACCAGAUCUGUGGCUGGAACUAUGACUGCCCCAAAACAGACGAGCAAAUUCUCAGCAGUGACAUCAUCAUCUUGACCAUCACACGAUGCAUUGCCAUUGUCUACAUUUACUUCCAGUUCCAGAACUUGAGACAAUUGGGAUCGAAAUAUAUUUUAGGCAUUGCAGGCCUUUUCACCAUAUUUUCCAGCUUUGUAUUUAGCACAGUGGUCAUUCACUUCCUCGAUAAAGAGUUGACCGGUCUCAACGAGGCACUUCCAUUCUUUCUACUCCUCAUCGACCUCUCUAAAGCAUGCACUCUUGCCAAGUUUGCCCUCAGCUCCAGUUCUCAGGAUGAAGUUAGGGAGAACAUUGCUCGAGGUAUGGCUGUAUUGGGACCUACCUUCACUUUGGAUGCCCUGGUGGAGUGCUUAGUGAUUGGCGUGGGAACCAUGUCAGGGGUUCGACAGUUAGAGAUAAUGUGCUGCUUUGGCUGCAUGUCUGUUUUGGCCAACUAUUUUGUCUUCAUGACAUUCUUCCCUGCAUGUGUCUCACUGGUGCUAGAGCUGUCCCGUGAGAGUCAAGAAGGCCAUCCCAUUUGGCAGCUGAGCCACUUCUCCAGAGUGCUGGAGGAAGAGGAAGACAAUAAACCCAAUCCUGUCACCCAGAGAGUCAAGAUGAUCAUGUCUCUGGGCCUUGUGAUGGUUCAUGCCCACAGCAGGUGGAUUGCUGAUCCGCUGUCCCUUAAUACUACACUUGGAAUCCCGCAUGUUGGUAUGGUCAAGCAACACCUCUCCCCAAGGAGGAUCGAGCCAACGAUACCGCUGUGGCACUAUUACCUCACUCGAAUGCUAACCAUGGACAUAGAGCAGGUCAUCUGCCUGGCCUUGGCCCUGCUGCUGGCAAUCAAGUACAUCUUCUUUGAGCAAGUGGAGACGGAGUCUACCCUAUCAAUAAAGAACCCCAUCACAAUGUCCACCCCAUCCCUGAUUCCAAAAAGAGCUACCGAGGCCUGCUGCAGGAAGGAGCCUCUGCUCCAACACCAUGUGCCGCCCCCCAGUCCUCAUCCUAGCACACCCGGUAGCAGAGAAGAUAGAGAUGAGGUCAUUCGGCCCCUUCUUGUUCCCGUCCCUGAUCAUGAUCCAAAGAGUGUCUUUGUCCUGGAAGAAGAAAGGGAGGAGGUCAAGCCUGCGAUCACAGAGACCUACCUUCCCUUGAAGCCGAGAGGCCUGGAGGAAUGUCUGAGCAUCCUCAAUAACCCUGAGCAAGGGUCUCGUUUCCUGAGUGACGCGGAGGUGAUGCUGCUGGUCAACUCUAAACACAUUCCUGCUUACAAGCUCGAGGCCAUGAUGGAGAGACCUGAGAGAGGCGUGGCUAUACGGAGACAGAUGAUCUCAGCUAAACUUCCCUCUCCCUCUGCACUCUCGUCGUUACCGUUCACUGACUACGAUUACUCCAAGGUUAUGGGCACCUGCUGUGAGAAUGUCAUUGGAUAUAUGCCUGUGCCAGUGGGCGUGGCUGGGCCUUUACAUCUGGAUGGGAAGCAGUUCCAAGUUCCCAUGGCGACGACUGAGGGAUGUUUAGUGGCAAGCACAAACCGGGGCUGCCGAGCAAUUGCGUUGGGAGGAGGAGCCAGCAGUCGCAUCCUGGCUGACAGAAUGACCAGAGGACCUGUGGUGAGGUUGCCCUCUGCCUGCCAGGCUGCCGAGGUUACAGCCUGGCUGGAGAGCACAGAUGGUUUCCAGGCAAUCAAAGAAGCCUUUGACAACACCAGCAGGUUUGCUCGGCUCCAGAAGCUGCUGGUCGGUCAGGCUGGAAGAAACCUUUACAUUCGAUUUCAUUCAAAGACAGGUGAUGCCAUGGGGAUGAAUAUGAUCUCAAAGGGUACAGAGCAGGCUCUAAGCAGACUUCAGCAGCACUUUCCAGACCUGCAGGUUUUGGCUGUGAGUGGAAAUUACUGUACAGACAAGAAACCAGCUGCCAUUAACUGGAUUGAAGGCAGAGGCAAAUCUGCAGUUUGUGAGGCCACCAUCCCUGCUCAUGUAGUCAAAGAGGUUUUGAAGACCACGACAAAGGCUCUCGUGGAGGUGAACAUUAACAAGAACCUUGUGGGCUCUGCCAUGGCUGGCAGCAUCGGUGGAUUUAACGCACAUGCGGCUAACCUGGUAGCAGCCAUCUACAUCGCCUGUGGGCAGGAUCCUGCACAGUCAGUCAGCAGCAGUAACUGCAUUACCCUGAUGGAGGCGUCAGGCCCUACAGGAGAAGACCUCUACAUCAGCUGCACGAUGCCCUCCAUCGAGCUUGGCACAGUAGGGGGGGGCACCAACCUACCUCCUCAGCAAGCUUGUCUUCAGAUGCUGGGUGUGCAGGGGGCCAGUGAGGAAUGUCCAGGGGAGAAUGCCCGGCAACUGGCAAAGGUGGUGUGUGGCACGGUGUUAGCUGGAGAACUGUCACUCAUGGCUGCGCUCACAGCUGGUCACUUGGUCAAGAGCCACUUGACACAUAACAGAUCCAAGGUGAACCUUCAAGAGAGUGUGGGAGCAUGCACCUAAAAGCUCUCCUGAGAGCAUGACUUCCCUCCCUGAUCACCACUGCUGGCUGGAUCAGCUCAUCCAGGACGUUACGGGCACACUGAUGCAACGGAUGCAAUGUCUCAUCGCAAAAUCCUCAGAAUGAAGCAGGGGCAUUUCGUUCAAUCAUCGGUCAUUCUGUACGGAAUCAAUAAAUAGAUGUUUGGAUCACACAUGCAGUAUUAUGCGGCACUUGAAACUAAAAGCUCUCAUACAGGCUGCGUUUCAAAACAAUCAAAGUUGACUGAGAGUUAGUUGUUGCAUUUGUGACGGCCAUAGGAGGAAAUCAUUUUGCAGUGAAGUGCUCAUCCUCACUCUGUGCCACGUUAAGUCAGCGGUGUCCAAAUGUCCUCCACCAAGGGCCACAAACAGAGAUAUAUUUUUCACACUUUACAAAAGGCUAAUCCAGUGUUGGUCACAAUAUCCUAAGCAGUUAAAUAUCGUUGCCUGCAGACGCAAUAGAGACCACGACUAUAUAUUUUUUUAUUUUUAUUUUAAUCUAAAAUUAUACAUACUACAUGUGGGUCUCAGGUUCCGAACGACUUCCGCUCCUCGACUGAGUGGAGUUUUACUGUGCUACGUUACACUGUACACACAACACAUGAAGGAUAUACAGUCUAAAAAGAUGAAAUACAAGAAUGAUUGAUGAAAUUUUAGCUCUGUGGUUGUCUUGCAGGACUUUCUACCUUCUUAAAAUAAGCUCGUCUGACAGGAUAAUCUCCGUAUAACAGCGCAUGGAAUCCAUGACCCCUCUAGCGUUCAUCAGCACUCAAUCGUCUUUAUCCUUAAUGAUGGUCACGACGAAAAGAGCGGUCAAUAUCGGUGGCGUGUCUCCUAUCUCUGAGCUUUUUAUGAUGUUCAUUUUCACUUCCAUGGUGAUGGCUUUCCUUUUGUUUGGUGCACUGCUGCUUGGUAGACAUAAUGAAGCGUAAAAAAUGAACUACAAGUAAUAAGCGAUGCUGUUUUUGUUCCAUGUGGCAGGCGCACACUGUAUCCAUCUGCCCCGCACGAGGUUUACACUGCGUUCUCUAGCUUUGUGUGGCGCGUAGCCUUCCACUGGCGCGUGUUCUGGUUCUCCAGCAAAUGUUGUGUUUACAUACUAUAGUUAGAUUUUUAAUUUAUGGGAGAGCACUGAUGACCACAAAACGUUGUAACACGGAACGUGGUGAACCGAGGACCGCCCAUAUACAAAGGAAGAUACAUACAUAUUUGGACAAAGUCCAAUUUAAUUGUAGAUGAUGGGUUACUUUUUAAAAACUUUUCUAAUGUGUAAAAUGUGAUUGUUUUUAUUUUUUAAAAAGUUUGCAUAGCCAACAACAUUUUUCUCAUAACUUUUAUAUUGUUUUCUUUUCAAUGUGGCCCUAAACAUCAUUUUUAUGUGUUUUUUUUUAUGUUGAUGUGCCAUGGUAUUUGUUAAAAAUAUGCCGCGGGUCAACAAAACAUGUGCUGCGGCUUUCAAAAAGCCCCCGGGCUGGAUUUUGGACACCACUGUCUUAAGUGUUGUACCUGCAUUGUUGCCAGUAUCAGGCUUUAUUACCUGCCUCAAGUCGUGCCAUCAUACUGUUUCAGUGUCCUACACACACAGUGUCACAUCAUCCAAAGAGGGAACAUUUCAGGACUCGGGUUAUCUCCGCUGCAAAAUGGAUGACGCGAUUAUUAUGCAGUCAUGCAUUUCCCUGUCAUCUUAUGGAAAAUAUCCACAAAGAUUCUGUUCAAACUAAUGGCUCAUCUGACCUCUGACCUACGACAUGAAUCCACGACAAGGGGACCGUAAACUGUCAGCAGUUAGAUGACCUUCAUGUCUUUCCUCAGCAAAUUUCAUUUUGAUUCAAGAUUUAAGAGUUUUAUUGUCAUGUGCAUAGUAAAACAGCAGUUAUACUAUGCACAGUUAUGCUAUGAUACGCAGACAUGGCACAUGCACCAUAGUGAGUUCAUUCACACUGAGUUUAU